GCGGCCAUGGAGGGAGCAGGGCCGGGGCGCUGUGAGCGCCUGACUGCCGAUGAGAUGGACGAACAGAGGAGGCAGAACGUUGCCUACCAGUACCUGUGUCACCUGGAGGAAGCCAAGCGCUGGAUGGAGGCCUGUCUGGGUGAGGGGCUGCCCCCACCCACGGAGCUGGAGGAGACUCUGCGCAACGGGGUCCUCCUGGCCAAGCUGGGCCACUGCUUUGCCCCUGCCGUUGUCCCACUGAAGAAGAUCUACGACCCUGAACAGACACGGUACCAGACAGCCGGGCUUCACUUUCGGCACACGGAUAACAUCAACUACUGGCGUGAUGCCAUGAGCCACGUGGGGCUUCCCUCGAUCUUCCACCCAGAGACCACAGACAUCUAUGACAAGAAGAACAUGCCCCGGGUGAUCUACUGCAUCCAUGCACUCAGCUUUUACCUCUUCAAGCUGGGGCUGGCUCCUCAGAUCCAGGACUUGUAUGGGAAAGUGAACUUCACAGAGGAGGAGAUCAACAACAUGAAGCGGGAGCUGGAGAAGUAUGGGCUGCAGCUGCCUGCCUUCAGCAAGAUUGGAGGCAUUUUGGCCAACGAGCUCUCAGUGGAUGAAGCAGCAGUCCACGCCGCGGUGCUGGCCAUCAACGAGGCGGUGGAUCGGGGGGUGGUGGCCCAGACGAUGGAGGCGCUGCACAACCCCCACGCCGUGCUGCUGGGACUGCGCCAGGAGCUGGCAGGUGCCUACCAGGAGGUGCUGCACCAGGCCAAGCUGGAGAAGGGCAGCAACGCUAGAAACAGGUACCCACAGGUGAUCCCUGAAGGAGAGGACGUCUAUGACUGGUGUCUGACCCAGGCUGAAAUCCAAGGGAACAUCAACAAAGUGAAUGUGCGUGGGGCUCUGGAAGAGGUGGACAAUGCCUUGGACAGACAGGAUGUGCUGGCACUGCACUGUGCACUGCAGGACCCCAUCCUGGCCCUGCGCUGCGUCCAGCGUGACAACCUCGAGCUCUACUUGGAGCAGCUGAGCUCGGACCGGGAGGAGAAGGCACUGGAACUGGGCUACCUGGAGCUGCUGGAGCAGGAGGAGGUGCAGGCAGGGAUCCUCACGGCGAACCGGAGGGACGAGAAGGAGCGAGCCAUGCUGCAGGCUGUCGGCCGGAUCAAUGCUGCUGUCCGCCAAGGGAUGCCAGCAGAAACCUUGGAAGCUCUGAUGGACCCUGCAGCCCAGCUGCCUGAUGUGCACGCCCCUGCUGCCCCCCUGUACCAGCACCAGCUGGCCCUGCUGCAGAGCCAGCACCCACGGGGCGAGUUGGCACAGGAGGAGUUGUUUGUGGCUGUGGAGAUGCUCUCAGCUGUGGCACUGGUUAACCAAGCCCUGGAUGCCAGGAACCCCAACAGGCUCUGGAACAGCCUGGUCAGCCCUGCCCUGGGCCUCUCAGGAGCUGAGGAUGCAAAUGCACAGCGGUACUUUGAUGACUUGUUGCAGCUGAAAGGCCAGUUGAGGAAAGCAGGAGCUGAGUUCCUGAGCUGGAAUGACAUUCAGGACAGCGUCACCAGCACCAAUUCAUCAGUGCAGGAUGAAAACGACCGAGUCCGUGCACUCCAGCUGGUCAACGAGGCGCUGCUGCAGGCGGACCCUGAGAAGACGCUGGCGGCGUUGCUGCUGCUGGCGCCCGCCCUGCCCGACGUCGCCCUUCCAACCGCCCUGCGCUACCACCAUGUCCUGUCCCGGGCACGGAGGCAGAAAAUCCAGGCCACGGAGGACAAUGGAGCUGUUCUUUGGUGGGAAGAAAUCCAGGAAGGGGUCUGCCAGGCCAACCAGGACACAGUGGCAGCCAGGAGAAUGGCUCUGGGCAUAGCUGCCAUCAACCAGGCCAUCAAGGAAGGGAAGGCAUCACAGACGCUGAGGGUGCUGUGCAAUCCUGACGUGGCCCUGUGUGGGGUGGUGAACGCCUGUGCUGACUCCUACCAGGAGCAGCUGGCGGCUCUGAUGGCCACCAAGAGACCAGCGGGGAGCACGAAGCUAUCCUGGACCAGGCACAGGCUGCCGGAUGGUGCCGAGUACUACCUGAACCUGCAGACCCUGGAGGGCAGCUGGCAGUGCCCACGCGACGGCAGCUUCAACGCCGCGCACCUGAGCCGGGAGGAGAUCCAGUCGGUCAUCGCCCGAGUGACGCUGGCCCACGACCGGGAGCGCCUGUGGGCGUCCAGCGUGGCCUUGGUGGUGAGGCUGCAGGCGCGGCUGCGGGGCUUCCUCGUUCGCCGGCGCUUCGCGGCGCGGCGCCGCGUCCUGCGGGAGCAGAGGCCAGCUGCCAUCAGGAUCCAGGCUUGUUGGAGGGGGUACAGGCAGCGCAGAGCUUACCUGGACAGGCUGCACUACCUGAAAUCCAACACAGAGGCUGCAAUCAAGAUCCAGGCAGCUGUGAGGAUGUGGCAGGCACAGAGGAAGUACCAGGAGAGGCUGCGCUACUUCAGGCAGAAUAUUAAAGCUGUAAUUAAAAUCCAGGCUUUUGUGCGAGCCAACAAGGCCCGUGGGGAUUACAGGAUGCUGGUCCACACCAAGAGUCCGCCCUUGGGCAUCGUCCGGCGCUUCAUCCACCUGCUGGAGCAGAGCCAGCACGACUUCUGGGAGGAGUCGGAGGUGCUGCGGCUGCAGGAGGAGGUGGUGAAGAGGAUCCGUGCCAGCCGGCAGCUGGAGAGUGACCUGGACCUCAUGGACAUCAAGAUUGGGCUGCUGGUCAAGAACAGGAUCACGCUGCAGGAGGUGGUGUCCCACUGCAAGAAGCUGACCAAGAAGAACAAGGAGCAGCUCUCAGAGAUGAUGUCCAUGGACAAGCAGAAGGGGCUCAAGACGCUCAGCAAGGAGAAGAGGCAGAAGCUGGAGGCCUAUCAGCACCUCUUCUACCUGCUGCAGACACAGCCAGUGUACUUGGCCAGGCUGAUCUUCCAGAUGCCCCAGAACAAGUCCACCAAAUUCAUGGAGUCGGUGAUCUUUACGCUUUACAACUACGCUUCCAACCCACGGGAGGCUUAUCUGCUGCUGCAGCUCUUCAAGGUGGCACUGCAGGAGGAGAUCAGCUCCAAGGUGGACCACGUUCACGACAUCCUGACGGGCAAUGCCACGGUGAUCCGGCUGGUGGUCAGCUUCUACCGCAACGUGCGCGGGCAGAACGCCCUGCGGCACAUCCUGGCUGGCCCGGUGCAGGAGGUCCUGCAGGACAAGACCCUCAGCAUCCACACGGACCCUGUGGACAUCUACAAGGCGUGGAUCAACCAGACUGAGUCGCAGAGCGGGCACAGAAGCAAGCUCCCGUAUGAGGUCAGCCCUGAGCAGGCUCUCAGCCACCCCGAGGUCCAAAGGAGGCUGGACGUUUCUAUCCGCAAUCUCCUGGCAGUAACAGACAAGUUUGUCUCUGCCAUCACCUCUUCUGUGGACAAGAUCCCCUAUGGGAUGCGCUACAUGGCCAAAAUCCUGAGGAUGUCCUUGGCUGAGAAAUUCCCCAAGGCCCCAGCAGAGGAGGUUGAUAAGAUCGUGGGGAACCUGCUCUACUACCGCUUCAUGAACCCAGCAGUGGUGGCCCCUGAUGGUUUUGACAUCGUGGACGUGUCGGCCGGGGCGGCCCUGCGCCCCGAGCAGCGCCGCAGCCUGGGCUCCAUCGCCAAGGUGCUGCAGCACGCCGCCGCCCACAAGCCCUUCCAGGGGGAGAGUGCCCACCUCUGCGGGCUCAACCAGUACCUGGAGCACACCCACGACAAGUUCAGGAGGUUCAUCUCUGCUGCCUGCUGCGUCCCUGAGCCUGAAGAGAGGUUUGAUGUGGAUGAGUACUCAGAGAUGGUGGCAGUGGCCAAACCAGUCAUCUACAUCACUGUGGGGGAGCUCAUCAACACGCACAAGCUCCUGCUCGAACACCAGGACUCCAUCACAUCACACCACAGUGACCCCCUGCACGAGCUCCUGGAGGAUCUUGAUGAGCUUCCUACAGUCCAGUCCCUGCUUGGGGAGAGCAUUGCCAGCCUGGGAGACAGUGGUGCUGAGCAGGUGCUCUCCCAGCUCAGCAGAACAGAGAUCUCCCUCACCCUCACCAACAAGCUGGUGCCAGUGGCCAGCAGCGAGGAGAGUGACACGAGGAGCCUGCUGCUGAGCACCAAGCAGAUGCUGGUGGAUUUGAUCCAGUGCCAACCAGGAGAUUCCCUCCCAGAAAUCCUGUGGACACCAGCCUCAGAGCAUGAGGAAGCUGCCCACCAGCACCUCGUGUGCCAGCGAGCGCUGUGGGACGCCCAGCCCUCUGCCCAGCUGAAGCGCCACCCCUCCCUGGCUGCCAACAGCCAGCUCUCCCUGGAGGAGAAGAAGCGCAAGGUCAUCCGCAACCUGCGGCGCUUGGAGAGCCUGGGGCUGGCGGACUCUGCCAACCAGUACCAGGAGCUCAUUGACGAGCUGGCCAAGGACAUCCGGAACCAGCGGCGUCACCGGCAGCAGCGCCGCAGGGAGCUCCUGAAGCUGAGGCAGACCCUGGAGGGCCUCGAUGCCAAGACUCUGUUUUAUGAGGAGCAAAUUGAUUAUUACAACCAGUACAUCAAGACCUGCCUUGACAACCUGGCGGCCGGCAACAAGGCCAGUGGGAAGAGCAAGAAGCUGCCAUCUCUGCACUACACGGCAGCCCAGCUGUGGGAGAAGGGGGUGCUGCUGGAGAUCCAGGACCUGCCACCCAGCCAGCUCAGGAACGUGGUUUUCGACAUCAUCCCCUGUGAGGAAUCGGGCAGGUUCCAGGUGAAAGCCAAAUUCAUGGGGAUCGACAUGGAGCACUUCCAGCUGCACUACCAGGACCUGCUGCAGCUGCAGUACGAGGGUGUGGCAGUCAUGAAGAUGUUCAAUAAGGCCAAGGUCAAUGUCAACCUGCUCAUUUUCCUCCUCAACAAGAAGUUCUUCAAGAAGUAACAGGAGUCAGGGGUGGGGCUAGAGGAAGGGGGGCAAUGUAAACCUGCCAAAGAGACCUCAGGGUUGGUGGUCCCAGGGCAGGGAAGCUGCUGCUGGCCAUGGAGCUUUCCUGCAUGGAUGCAUCUGCAGCCAGCAGUGCCUGACUGGGGAGCACAGGGCCCAGCCCCAGCCCUGGGCACCCCGAGCUUGGUACUAAACCAGUGCCCGACCUCCCUGUAGGAGGAUGCAGCUGCCAAAGCUCUUGCAGCAUGUGUUGCUUUUAAAAUCUAUUUUAUCUGGAUAUUUUGGCUGUUUAGUUCCUGUGUUGCCAACAGCCAGCUGCCCACUCUGUAUUUCUGGACACUACACAGGUUUUACUGAUAUAAUAAAGGUAUCUAAUUUAUCUAUAUAUAUUUAUCUAUAUCUAUAUGUAUGUAUAUAUUUCUUCCUCACACUAAGGCUUGGGAAAUGUCAGAAUCAAUCUUUAUAUGGAAGGGUAGGGAGAGGCCAGAACAGAGAGGCAAUAACUGCUUGUGAAGACAGCUGUGAGCUCUUCUCUAGUACAUUGAGGUGCAAUAGAAGAAUUUUGAUUUUAAAGAUGAAUUUCACUGCUCUUCAGGCAGGCUGUGAAACACAAGAGAGAGGCUCAGUGUCACUGCUGUCCCAUGGGUGUUUUGAGGGACUGGAGCAGGGACCAAAUCUCUGGACCACAUUGGUGCCUGGCAUCUGCUGUGGAGCAACCCCACAGCACCAUCUCAGCAGGGAUGGUGGUGUCUCUGUCCCCUCUUGAUUUGUUCUGGUGCUUAAUCAGUUGUGGGACAAUGACUGGUUUUGGCCAUGGCUGCAUUUAAAGCACUUUCUCUCCACGUGAGCUCCUCCUCCAGCCCCUUCCCUGGCAUGGGAAUGGAGCUGCUGGCAGUCCCAGCCUCCUCCCACCCCAUCUCCUUCAGGCACAGGGAGCAGCAGGUCCCAAACCUGCUCUGCAAAGGAAGUUUUUUGGAGGAUUGGAAUAGGAAUCUCCCUCUCUGCUUGGUAACUGCCGUGGGACCUUGAGGCAGCUCAGGGGUACCUGAUCUAUUGGCAUCUCAGGCUCUGUCUUGUCUUUGGAGAGUGAUGCUUGUUUGUGAGGUUUUUAUGUGAUUUUCUUUCCCUCCUCUCAUAUAAAUGCCUCCAACUAUGCUUGUUCUAUCCCCAUCCGUGCUGGAUUCCUGCUGUGCUGCCUCUGCUUGUUUACUCUAAAUAAAGAUG